AUGGUGUGCCAGAUCGGAGAGCCCGAAUCACAUGAUCAAGUCGAAGAAAUUGUACAGUGUUAUCUGAGUAACCCGAUUGAAACGGGAGGGCGAAUACUACCCGUUAUUUGUUACAGGCCACAUGCAAAAUCAAAACCAAUUCGGAUACUAAUGGAUUCUGCUUCCUCUCACUCGUUUAUUACGGUAAGUGCAAGUUCAUACCUUCAUUGCCCAAUUGUAGAGAGAGAGAUUGAAUUAGCUAUUAAGUCAUUAAAAACUACGAGAGAGUGUACGGCGGACAAAGUCAGUAUCACGCUAGAUGCCCGCAAUAGGGUAAUUAAGUUUAAUGCUUUUACGACUCCGCACAUUCUCUCUCUGGAAAGUUUAGAUUUGCCGACGCAUAUAAAACAACAGUAUAAAUUGAACGAGAAAUUUCCGCGACCGCCGUGCGACGUUGAUAUCCUAGUAGGAAUAGGCGAGUACUGGCGAAUGAUUCAGCAAGUAGCGAUCCGCGUUUCAGAUACGUUCGUUUUACUAAAGACCCCAUGGGGACAUAUACCCUGUGGGACAGACUGGACUAGGGACAGUCGGGAAACAGAAGAACCGACAUGCCUAAUCACCAGUACUGAAAGAAUAGCGAAGGCGUUAGAGCAACAAUGGAAAUUGGAAGAAUUUCCAUUCGACAAUUCAUCGAAGGAACUCACAAGAGAUGAGAUGAGAGCGGUAGAAUUGAUCGAAAAUGUCUUGAAGUUAAAUGAAGAAACAUCAAGAUUUCAAACCGGAUUACUCUGGAGAGAGGAUCCGGAAUUAAAGAACAAUUAUCAUGGG